AACGAGGUCGUUUAGCUGAGUUCCAUUGUUUCUGAAAUCGAUAACUACUCGCCGUCAAUGGAGUCUGUAAAAUGCCCUAAUUUCACUUGAAUGGAACGAAGAUAAGACAUUUCCACUGAAACUCUCAUUUCAACAAUUCAUACUUCUUCACUUCUUCUUCUAUCUCAAUGUAUACCAAUAUCUCCAAAACCCAAGCAUUUCCACUCGUAUCCAAAAUAUCUUCGCAACCCAAAUGCUUUAAUUCACUCUCCACCUUAAAUAUCCAAUUUUCACCACUUUCCUCUCAUAAUAAAUCCAUCUUUACAAACCCCAGAUAUGGAUUGAUGCUAGAAAUUGCUAGGAGGUACUGUGCCGCUAGAAGUGUCGAAAAACAACUUCCUUGGCUAGAAACGAAUGAAGUUAAGGAAGAUAAAAGGGUUGAGAGAGCAAAAAGGAACCAUGUUAGAAGCUCUAUUCAAGAUGAUUCAGUUAAGAAGGGGAGUGUUAAGUCCUCUUGGGAACAAUCAGUUGAUAGGUUAGAGAUACCAGCUGUUUCAGAAUUUAAGCCUAGAUCACGGGAAUCAGCGUUUUCUGCUAAAGGUGGUGUGUCUAAUAGGGAAAGGAAGAAUGGUUUGGCUGAUAAUGGUAGAGAGCCUAGAAACGAUCGUGGUAGUAGAUAUGUUAAAUUUGAUGAUAAGAGGAUUGCUAGCAAUACACGCUUUGGCAAAUAUGGUAAAUUUGAUGAUAAGAGAAGCGCUAACAACACACACGCUGAUAGAUAUAGUAAAGUUGAUGAUAAUGUUGAAGAAAGAGUUGAUGAUGAAAUGGAGGAUGAGGUAGAGGAGGGUGUUGAUGAUCCAAGGUGGGAUAACAUAAAGAAUAGGUUUAAAGGGGUGGUUGGAGGUAGAGGUGGAUUGGAAAAACUGGAAUAUCGAAGAUGGGAUAGGAAUGAGAAUUGGGGUAGUAGAAAGACAUGGCAAGAGGCAACUGAAUCUACUGUGCCUAAGAUUGUUGGUGAAGGAAUUUAUGGGGUUGGUCCGGUUUUGGCUGCAUUGUCAGCUGGAAGAAGGGAAUUCUAUGCAUUGUAUGUGCAACAAGGGUUGGAUUUGAGUAGCAACAAUAGGAAGAAGAAGGAUAAGAAAGGGUUUGAGAGGGUUCUAAAGAUGGCUGAAAAGCUCAAUUUAAGUAUAAAAGAAGAAUCAAAGCAUGAUCUGAAUAUGGUAACCGAUAACCGACCUCAUCAAGGUUUAGUUUUAGAUGCUUCGCCACUCGAGAUGGUGAAAAUACAGGAAUUGGAACCUGUUUCUACUGAGGAAGGAAAGGGUUCUCUUUGGGUAGCUUUGGAUGAGGUGACUGAUCCUCAGAAUUUGGGGGCAAUUAUUAGGUCUUCAUAUUUUUUUGGAGCCGCUGGUAUAGUUUUAUGUGCAAAGAAUUCAGCUCCAUUGAGUGGUGUUGUUAGCAAAGCAAGUGCAGGCUCACUUGAAUUAAUGGAACUUAGAUAUUGCAAGAACAUGAUGCAAUUCUUAGUGUCUUCAGCCGAAAAUGGCUGGCGAGUUCUUGGUGGUUCUGUCUCCUCUAAAGCGAUUUCAUUGAAUGAGAUUGAACCUGGUCCGCCGACUAUUCUUGUUUUGGGCAGUGAGGGCACUGGUUUGAGGCCUUUGGUGGAGAGAUCAUGUACUCAGUUGGUUAAAAUUGCUGGUAAUAUUCCUUCAGACUUAAGUACCGGUGAUGAAUUAGAAGGUGAAAGUACCGGUUUAAAUCGCGAGAGCCCUGGUAAAGAGUUCCUUUCAUUUUUGGCUGUGGAAAGCUUAAAUGUUAGUGUAGCAACAGGUGUGCUUCUUCAUCAUUUAAUUGGUAAAAGGUCUGUAGAUUCUUUGCCGGACGCGAAUAGACAGAUUUCUGAGUGAAACUACAAGGCCUGAAUUUAUUUAGUUUGUUUUCUUGGUGUCUCAUGCACUGUAGUUUCUCCUUUUUUAUUUUAUUUUUUUUAUUUUAUUUUUUAUCAUUUGAUCAAGAAAUAAUCAUAUUAACUUGAUGGUUCAGUAUAUUGGAUUAGUUGGUUCAAUAAUUUGACCGCAUUUUAACUUGAUGAUUCAAUAUACUAGAUACCAGUUUGCAAAUCGAAGAGAAAGAAUCACUUAAUUUGUGAGUUGAGGUUGAGGCUUCUUUUGGUUAUCAUCAAUUUGAAGUUCUAUUGGUUCAUGGAUUUAUAUUGUGUUAAAUUCUAGUUGUAUUGGUUUAACUUCAAGUUUCUGAUGUGAA